AUGGCAGUGAGCGCGAGCCAGGUACCCCUGGACCGUGAAAAGACCCCAGAUAAUGCCCGGAUGGAUGAAAUGCGCCUGGAAAAUGCACUCGGUCAUAAGCAAGAGCUCUCGCGAAAUUUUGGUCUGUGGAGUUUGACGAGUCUAGGAAUCAUUAUCGCAAACUCCUGGGCAUCAACAGGAGGAACGAUCGUCGCUGCGCUACAGAAUGGCGGCCCGAUGGCGGUUCUGUAUGGUCUCAUUUUGGUCAGUGUCUUCUACACGGCUAUCUCAGCUUCCCUUGCCGAGCUCGCCUCGUCAAUGCCCUCGGCCGGCGGCGUCUACUACUGGUCAUCAGUUCUGAGUCCAACAAAAGGCCGCAAGACUGGGUUCUUUACUGGCUAUCUCAAUGCCUGCGCAUGGCUGCUCUCUGCAUCUUCUAUGAGCUCUAUAUUGGGCAAUGAGGCCGUGGCGAUGUACUUGCUCAAGCAUCCGACUAUUGAGUGGCACCCUUGGCAGGUGGUUAUCGUGUUCCAGAUUUUCAAUUGGACAUGCUGUGCCAUUGUCUGCUUGGGAAACCGGUUCAUUCCAUUAAUCAACCGAAUUGCCCUCACGCUUUCGAUGUGCGGCCUUCUCACCACCGUGAUCGUCCUUGCAGUGAUGCCAAAGAAACAUGCCAGCAGCACCCAAGUCUGGACCACAUAUCACAACAGGACAGGUGGAUGGUCAGAUGGAAUCUGCUUUAUGACUGGUCUGUUGAAUGCCGCAUUUGCAGUUGGUGUUCCAGACUGUAUCAGCCAUUUAUCAGAAGAAGUACCCAAACCCGAAGUCAAGGUCCCACAAGGAAUCAUGCUACAAAUGCUUACAGCUUUCACGACUUCAUUCGUCUACCUGAUUGCGCUGUUCUACUCAAUUGAGGACCUGGAUGCCGUCUUCGAGAGCAGUAUCGGAUUCUUCCCAACAGCCGAGAUUUACCGACAAGCAACUGGCUCUAACGCAGGUGCCAUUGGUCUCAUUGCUGUCCUGUUCCUCGCAACCUUCCCGACACUGAUCGGCACAUUCGUGACCGGCGGUAGAAUGUGGUGGAGCUUAGCCCGCGACAACGCCAUCCCCUUCUCAAGCUACUUUGCCCAAGUCCACCCGACACUGAAUUGUCCCGUGCGAGCAACAGUCGCCAUGAGCGCACUGGUCACCUGUCUGGGGUGUAUCUACAUUGGAAGUACAACCGCAUUCCAAGCACUCAUUUCGUCCUUCAUUGUGCUGAGCUCACUGUCUUACUUCGGCGCCAUCUGUCCCCAUGUUUUGUCUGGGCGAAGGAACAUGGUCCCUGGGCCAUUCUACAUGGGGCAGAAACUUGGCAUGGUGGUCAAUAUCGUGUCGUUGGUGUACAUUUUGGUUACUGUCGUUUUCUUCUGCUUCCCCUUGGUGUUACCAGCCACGGUGCAAAACAUGAAUUACACAAGUGUUAUCACCGUGGGCUUGAUGGUAUUGACUGCUGUGUGGUGGUUUGUUGGUGGUAAACACCAGUAUCAGGGCCCUCAGUAUAGCUUCGAGGCAGCUGAACGAUUGACCGCUUUCCAGGAAGGAAAGCAGGGUCGUCGCUCUUUUAUCGAUGUUGCAGGGGAUGUAUCUCUCCCGGGUGGUGAGCCCGGGAGUUAG